AUGGGGGACUUGAGGCUGCUAGCGGUGGCCCUCACGUGCUGCUGGUGGCCGCAGGGCAGUCAGGGUAAGACCCUAAGGGGUCAUUUCAUCAGUGCUGCGGCCCGAGACGCUCAGGGGCAGAGCAUCGGUCACUUCGAGUUCCACGGUAACCAUGCUCUUCUGUGUGUCAGAAUCAACAACGUAGCAGCAGCUGUUGAUAAAGAAGCUAAACUCUACUUGUUCCAAGCGCAGGAAUGGCUGAAGCUGCAGGAAAGCAGUCAUGGUUAUAGUUGUAGUGAGAAAUUAUCCAAAGCUCAGUUGACAGUGCCUUUGAAUCAGACUGAACAUAAUCUGACAAUGUCCCAGAUUCCAUAUCCACAAACAUGGCACGUGUUUUAUGCAGACAAGUAUACAUGCAAAGAUGACUAUGAGAAAUCUCAGAUAGAAGAUACCCAAUUUGAAAUGAUGUUACUAAAUCCAGAUGCUGAAGGGAAUCCAUUUGAUCAUUUCAGUGCUGGAGAAUCUGGGUUACAUGAGUUCUUUUUCCUCCUAGUCCUAGUGUACUUUGUGAUUGCUUGCAUUUAUGCUCAAUCAUUGUGGCAGGCUAUUAAGAAAGGAGGACCCAUGCACAUGAUUUUAAAGGUUCUGACAACUGCAUUGCUGUUACAAGCUGGUUCAGCUUUAGCUAAUUACAUUCAUUUCUCCAGUUACUCCAAAGAUGGAAUAGGGAUACCUUUUAUGGGAAGUUUGGCAGAAUGCCCUGAAACUAGGGGUCGUAGCUCUAAUUGGCCUGGAUCUGAGCUCGAUUUAGUGCUACAACCCUGCUCUACAUUCUUUUCCCCUGCCAUUGCAGCUAUUGCCGAUAACAGCAACCAAGGAAUCAGUAUUUUGCUUCUUUGGGAACAGUUUGAAGAUACCAGUCAUCACAGCUACCAUGCACAUCACAACUUAGCAGGCAUCCUUCUAAUCAUUUUAAGAAUUUGCCUAGCAUUGUCUUUAGGCUGUGGACUCUACCAGAUCAUCACAGUGGAGAGAAGUACACUAAAAAGGGAGUUCUACAUCACAUUUGCCAAAGGCUGUAUCUUGUGGUUUUUAUGCCAUCCAGGCCUUGCAUGCAUUUCUGUCUUUUUUAGUGAUUACCAAAGAGAUAAGGUUAUCACAAUAGGUGUUAUCCUUUGCCAGUCUGUUUCCAUGGUUAUUCUCUACAGACUCUUUCUAUCCCACAGUCUAUACUGGGAAGUUUCUUCACUUUCCUCGGUAACGCUACCACUAACCAUACCACCUGGACACAAAACUCGGCCUCAUUUUUGA